AUGCCAUUUCCUUUAAUGAUAUUGAUCUGGAAUGUAAGAGGUGCUGGGGACAAAUCCCUCUCCAAAAUACUUAAGAAUAUUAUCCAAUUAAAUCAUGUUGAGGUGUUGGCUGUUCUUGAACCAAGAAUAAGUGGUGAUAAAGCCAUGCGUGUUGUUAAUGGCCUGGGCUUUACUAAUCAUCAUAUUGUGGAUGCAAAUGGGUUUUCGGGUGGCAUUUGGCUUUUAUGGAAUUGUAGCAAUAUUCAUCUCAAUAUUGUGGCGUGUUCCAGCCAGUCAAUUACUGCAAUGAUUACACAAGGUUCAUCUUCUUGGAUUCUUACUGUUGUAUAUGCUCACCCUUGUCUUAGAAUAAAGAGAUCCCUCUGGACCUACUUAGAUGGAGUUUCUUCUACUAAUAACCUUCCUUGGCUUGUUACUGGGGAUUUUAAUGAAAUUGUUGAUGACUCCGAAAAGAAGGGAGGCAGAGCUGUUCAUUGCAAUAGUGGGUUUGCUGACUGGAUUGGUCGUCAUCAUUUAGUGGAUCUUGGUUUUUCUGGAGCACAGUUUACUUGGUACAAAAAGAAUGUUCAUGGUGAAACUCUCUGGGAAAGGUUGGACAGAGGGCUUUGUAAUAUUACCUGGAGACAUAAAUUUCCUGAAGGGUUUGUUAGGCACCUCCCUAGAGUCAAGUCAGAUCACUAUCCUCUCUUGAUCUCUCUUAAUUUUGCUCAAUACCCACAUUCAGAGUUUAAAAUCUUUAGAUUCCAAGCUAUGUGGAUGUUGCAUCAAGGCUUCAAAGAUUUUGUUUCAGCCAUAUGGAAUAAUUCUAAUGGUAAUGCUAUGUGCAAGACUUUCUCUCUCACUAAGGCCCUUACUGACCGGAACAAAGAGGUUUUUGAGAAAAAGUUGCUUGGUGAUCUGAAUGUGAUUCUAGAACAAGAAGAACUUUUUUGGCUUCAAAAGUCUCGGAACAUUUGGCUCAAGGAAGGUGAUAAAAACACUAAAUUCUUUCAUCUUUCUAUAGUCGUUAGAAAGAGAAGAAAUAAAAUUGAAGGGCUGAAUGACAGUGAUGGAAACUGGACCACAGAGAAAUCUGAUAUGCAAGCUAUUGUAACUUCCCACUUCAAAGACCUUUUCUCUUCGAAGACUAGGAUUGGUGAGAUGGUUGAUCUUCCCCAGUUUUUCCCUGAUUUGGAUUCUACAGAUCUGAACUUUCUCAACAGUGAAGUAGCUGAUGUUGAUAUUAAGCUCAGCCUUUUUUCUAUCGGAGGGCUUAAAGCCCCUGGGCCCGACGGUUUUCCAGCUAAAUUCUUCCACGAUCAUUGGACUUUAUGCAGCUCUGAUAUUUGUGAUUUGGUGAAAGAUUGUUUUACCUCUUCAAGCUUGCCUGACAACCUUAAUAACACCCUUAUUGCUCUUGUCCCAAAGGUCCCUAAUGCUCUUGCUAUGUCUUAG